GGCCUUUUCUGGGUGGCCGCGAGAGAGGCAGCACCAUGAAGGCGUCGGGCACCCUGAGGGAGUACAAAGUUGGAAAAGGGUCUGAUCUGACGAGAAGGGUUAAAAACAUUAUUAAGUUGGAGUUACCACGAGCAAGAGACAUUGUCAAGCUGGAGUUACCACAAGGAAAUAAGGAAAAUUACAGUUAUAAAUAUGAAGAAGAGCCGCGGAAGGGCCAUGGAAGUGACCUGAGGGCCUCGGACAUAAGGUUACCGGGUUAGACUGAUGGGAAUAAGGACUGACAAAUCCCGGAACCAGGAGGAAGGGACGUUGGAUAAAGAUUGGACUUGUCUAUAUCUUGCUUUUUCUCUUUCUUUAUUAUCAGAAUGUUUUAUAAAGUUGAUGAAUGAUAGAAAAAUGUUGGAAGAAAUUACCUGGCUUUAGUAAAGAUGCAUAAAGAAUUAUGAAAGAAUAUUAUGAUUAUAAGAAGCUGGUAAGGUUAAGACUUAAGUUUUAAAUUUUAAGGUUUACUUUAUUAUAGAAAGAUAGGAUUAAAUUAGUCGAGGGUAAUGUAAUGAUAGAAUUUUAUGACACAUGGAAAGGAAAGGAUUUGCUGGGAUAAUUAAUAACUAGAAUACAAAGGAAGGGAGGAGGAGGAGGUCUAUGAAAGAAGGUAAUGACAGUUAAGGGUCUGAAAAUAAUGAACUUGUUUUGUUUUUGUUUUUUAUUCUUUUUUCUGUAUUUUCUAUUUUCUUGUAUUUUUACUUUUUGUACUUUUUGUUUUUGUGUAACUUUUGUAUCCUUUGAAAUUUUAAUAUCAUUUUAAAAAAAAAAAGUUGUUGGGAGAUGCCUCCCCACUCCUAAGUGCCCAACCCCACCUCUCUAUCGUAUGCGCAUCUUUGCUCCUAAUCAUGUUGUUGCAAAGUCCCGUUUCUGGUACUUUGUCUCUCAGCUGAAGAAGAUGAAGAAAUCUUCUGGGGAAAUUGUGUACUGUGGACAGGUUUUUGAGAAGUCUCCGUUGAAGGUGAAAAAUUUCGGUAUCUGGCUGCGCUAUGAUUCUCGUAGUGGAACGCAUAACAUGUACAGGGAGUACAGGGAUUUGACAACUGCUGGAGCUGUUACACAGUGCUAUCGCGAUAUGGGAGCUCGUGCUCACUCAAUUCAGAUCAUGAAAGUUGAAGAGAUCGCUGCUAACAAGCGCCGCAGACCAGCUGUCAAGCAGUUCCAUGAUUCCAAAAUCAAGUUCCCUCUGCCACAUAGAGUUCUGCGUCGUCAACAUAAGCCACGCUUCACCACCAAGAGACCAAACACGUUCUUCUAAAUGCAGACUUGGUUCAUUUGCUCUGAGUUUCAAUAAAGUUCUUUUUGAACUUCUGAAAAAAACAAAAAA